AUGGAUCCCUUCGAAGUCAGAAUACAGUUUCUAACUCUACUGAGGCGGCUAAAUGCCUCUCAGCAGUCCAUCCAAAAAGUGGUCGGUUAUGCACUAAAAUACUUCUCCGGUUGCGGCGAAGACCUAUGGGACUGUAUCGUGGAGGAGUGCCAAAAAGGGUCCAUUAACAACCGGAUCAACAUCCUGUAUCUGUUAGACUCCCUAUGUGAAACGUCUCUCUUAGCCAGGUCGCACUCCGGGACUGUCGUCCAAGACGGAAGUCAAACAUCUUCGCUCUACGUUGACUAUGUCACUCGGGAUCUCGGGAAGAUCGUAGACUAUGUUGUUCCCGAAGGCAGACAAGGGCUACCAAACCUUAUGAGUACAAAACAGAUAUUGGAAAGCUGGAGGAGCAAGCGUGUACUCGAUCCGCAGAAAGUUGACGAUGUGUUAGCCACCCUUGAUAGUCGCCGAGCAUCUCUGGAAUCAUCGGCAACAGAACCGUCAGCUACUACUCAGUCCUCAACCCCCUCAACAUCGUUGCCUCGAAACGAGGUGUUCAAACGAAUUGAGGAGGAUCGAGAGCGCCAUAAACGAUUGCGAGAACGGCGAUGGGUGCAGCCGAUUUCCCACAAUCCGCAUGCUCACUUACCACCCCAACUCGCUUCAUUCAUGCCGCUGACGGACGACGGUGAUGGGGAGGAAGAGCUUACCUUGGAUAUCGAGUUUGAGAAUGACUGGGAAACAACAAGUGAUUGGAACGAGGAUGAUGACGAUGCAGUUGUAGAGGAGAACGAGCUAUGUCUUCCUUCACAUUCUCACGACGAGGACGGUGAACAAGUAAUGGAUCUAUCUUAG